AAAACAAAUUUGCAAAUCUUUCUAGUUGUAAACAUAGCUGAAAACGUGUGAUUGGAAAAAAAAUUCCGGUUGGUUGCAAUUGACUUUUAGUGUCUGUGUAAAAACAAAUAUAACAAAUUUAAUGGCAUUCUCAAGUGUAAUAAUUAAAAACUAUGUCUAAACGUAACAUUGCAUACAUUAAACCGCAAGAUCCUAAAUUUUUGCAACAGUUAAAACAACAAAUUGGCUAUAAGGAGGGACCAUCCGUUGAAACAAAGAGACAGAAACUUCAAGAUUUCGAAGGCCAUUCCGAUAACGAAGACAGACCAGAACGUGAAGACGAAAAACCUCAAAUAGUUGUAAUAAAUUCUGGUGAUCUAACAGCAGACGAAGUAGCUCUAGAAGAAAAGCGUUUAGCUAAAGAAGCUGCAGAAGAACCUGCAGAUUUAAAUCAACCAAUCGUAUUUCGCAAACGCCAUAAGCCUGGAGACGAUUUAGCUUUAAAGUCUAUUUUACCUUCAACAAAAGAUACUAAGGCUGACAAAAAGAACAAAGACAAACCAAGACAAAAAUCGUUCGUUAAAAGUACAGUGAAGUUAUCUUUUAACCCCGAGGAAGAGGAAGAAGACCAAUAA